AUGAGCUCGCGUCGUGUUGACAUCCGAACUACUCGCAAGGCGAGGCCUCUUCCUGAAUUGAACUCUCCGUCAGACUCGGGUGAUAUCAAAAAUGUUCGGUACGAUCUUUUUAGUCAAGUUCAGUUUGAUAGUUAUAUUUCACCCCAAACAAAAACGAAGCAGAGUUCCUGCGUUUUUUCCGGCAUCUCUCGCUCUCGGAGAACCGUCAAAAAGAAAUCGCCGUGUGCGAAGCAAAAGUCAUCAAAAAAUAUCGUUCUUGAAUUGAAUAUGGAUGAGAUUUCCCAAACUGAUGAGACUACGAAGUCUCGACGUCGUCGUUUGGAUGCCAAUGAUUAUAUUCGUCGUCGGUUUUUGUAUGAUGAUGCUCCCAUCGAGAAACUCGCAACGCCUAAGCUAGCAAAUGUGCACAAACGUGCUGUAUCUCAUGACGUGAAGUUUCGAAAUUCACCGCUUGCUCUGAUGGCUGCGUCGUCAGCGAAUCUCCAGAAGAGACGCAAAAGGUUUCACGGCAAAACUUUGUCACCCGCUAAUCAAUAUCGUGGUCGUAAGGGAAGAAGGCCGAAACCCAUAAUUGCAGGCCUGGUUGGCCAAGAUAAAUCAACGGAAAAUUUGUCUUUGUCAGAUGGUGGCAGCUCCGCUGAUGAGCCUAUUUCUGUUGAAUGCGGCAACCAAAUAGCUGAAAGUUAUGCAGAUCACGGCCUGGAAAUGGAACAUGAUGAAAAUUCUCACUUACUUAAACCGCUUUUUCGAAAAAUACAUAAAAAGAAUGCGUAUAAGCAUGAUGUGGACUCCUCCUCAGAUGCUCUCCAGAGUCAUCCUGAUUAUGCUUCGGAUCUUCCAGGCUUCUUACUUAAUGACGAUAUGAAUGAUUUUACAAGGAGUCGGGGUCCUCUUGUCUUAAGUAAACGCGCCCGUCAUCGUCUUGUACCUCGACCAUCGCCCCCAAGGGAUGAUUUUAUCAAGCAAAUGACGGAGUAUCCAGAAUUUGGAUUGCCGGAUGCAGACGAAGCCUUCCGACACCAAGUUCGCGGCACCUUUUCUUUAGAUCAAAUUGUUUCAGCCGGUGCGGUUAUUAGAGAGGCAAAUGCUGAAUGGAGUGGUCACGUGGAGGAGUCGGUGGAUUCCAGUUCGACAAAUCCUGCGAAACAUUCUGGUGUUGAGAUUGAGGAUUUUGCUGGGGAUCUUUUGCAUCAAAUUUCUACGGCUGUCAAUUGCCCUCCGACAUCUGGCAGUAGUCGGCGCAAGUCUCCAAUCCGCCCCAUGCAGGUUCUGCGCAAUGAACCCAUAUUAUAUCAUACAGAAAAUGGUGGCUCCACAAGUGUUAACGCAGCAGGUGCAACUCUUAUCCAGCAGAAACAGUUGGUUUCUUCGUUUUCUCAAUCCACUGGUAGUGAAACUGUUAGCACUGUAGCCGCAGGUCUGGUUGAUUUGUGCGCUGCAGCGGGUCUUGAUUCGACUGCCUCAAAUCAAACGCAACUGUCUCAUAUCUCAACUGAAUGCACUGGCUCUGGUGAACACUCCUCUCAAUCCCUUAUCUCCAAUGUGUCUCAGUAUUCCUUGAUCAAUUCGAAUUUGGUUUCCCUUCAACCGGGUGGCCGUAUGUAUGUGGAGGCGGGUCCUCGAACUCCUAUUGCCGGAUACACUGUCACUCCUACCACCCCCGUAUCCAGAGUCUCCCUGAUACCUGGUAGAUUCAAUUACGGACAGCAAUACACCCUUUCCAGAAUGUCUCAUUCAACCAGUGGGACUAAAUCAGUAUCUACCACCUCAGUUCCUGCAAAUUCCUCCGCUAAUUCCAGCUCCCGCAGGCGCCCGACCAUAUUAAAGCGUGGAACCGUCCCUACUUCCUCUUCGUCGGCCAAUCCAGUUUCCAAGAUAUCAACGGGAUAUAGCGUGCCUCGCCUCCCUCCACCCUUCAUGCGUACUGCAUUGCGAAGCGUUCAGGCGUCGUCUCUGGUUCCCGGUGCACAGCAAUCAGCACGAUCUGUGACUUACACCAUCGUCUCUGCAGCUGUAUCUGGUCAACCGAAUGUUUUUGCUGUUGCGCCGACGUCAAUUGGCGCUAAUUCCUCCACUUCACAGACAGCCAGUUCACGACUCUUUGGACUCAAACGUAAUGUUGGUUCUUCUCCAACUACAGAAGCAAGAUCGAUUGCGUCGUUCUCUUCGCCUUCAAACCUUACUCUAAUUUCCUGUUUGCCUACAUCUUCGCUAGUCUCUUCUGAUAAGGAAGUUAGAUGUGAGAAUGACAGCGAAUCCUGUGGUAAUGGAGAUGCAUUCAUGGCAUCGUCUGUUGUCAAUACUCCCGCAUUCUACUCUCGAACUGCAUCAUCUGACGUCGACGUGGCCGACAAUGUACCUCGUACCUCCACCGAUCUUGCCUAUAGGUUAUAUCAUAAUGCGUGUAAGCGCUCACUUGGUCAACGUGUUUUCCAUAAAAUUCCAAUUGCGAUGGUUGCAUCCCUAGUGAAGUUAGCAUUUUUGCGACAUCGAUUCAAACUGAUAAAUGGAGGCGCUUUCCUGGAUAUCGUCAAAAAUAGACCAGCUUACAAACCCCUCAUAACGGUUUCAAACCAUUAUUCAUGUCUCGAUGACAUCAUUUUGUUUGGGCAGGCUCUGCCUUAUAAAUUGCUGCUUGAUGCCGAUAGACUCAGGUGGACCUUGGCCGCUGUUGAUAUUUGUUUCGUGAACAAACUAUAUAGCGUGUUCUUCAGCUCUGGUAAGGGAAUCCCAGUGUGGAGGCGUGUUCGGGACCCUGAAACAGGAAAUAUCGUGCUCUCGGGACUAGGUGUUUAUCAACCCAGCAUGGAGUUCUGCCUAGAUCUGUUGAAUGCCGGACAUUGGAUCCAUUCGUUUUCGCAGGGUCGCGUGAUUAUGCCGUGUGAAAGAGAUAUUGAGACCACCAUUCGACUCCGAUGGGGUGUUGGGCGUCUUUUAGCAGAAGCUUCCGUGGAUCCGAUAGUCCUUCCAAUCUGGCACUGUGGUAUUGAUGAAAUGAGCCCUUGCAAAGAACCCUACGCACGAAACACGCUUGCUCGACUUUUCGGCUCACGCCUAAGUGUGACUGCCCUCGUUGGAGCUCCGUUUGAAGUGGGUAAUCUGGUACGAAAAUCAAGAGAUACCGGAACUAGUCUCUAUUCUCGUCUCACGGCAUUCGUGCAACGUGCACUGUAUCAACUGAAACCAAUAGCUGAGGCUGAGCACGCAAAACACAUAGCUUCCUUGGAACAAUAG